AUGGAUUGCUUGCAUUCGCUGCACACCUCCGCUUCCUCCCAACUCCGUCGCCACAAGCAAUUCCGAUUCCUCCACCAUCAGCAUCAAUGCCUUGGAAGCCUUGCGGUGCCACCCUUCUUCGGCCAUAAGAGGAAUUUUCGUCUUCUCUGCCACCAAUCCAACGCUCGUCUGAUCCUUUGUAGUGCUGGUGUUUCCUCAGCUCAAUCCAUAGAAGAGGAGAAGGAAAGCAAGAUGAAGUCCAAGUCCCAAGAAUUGGGAUCAUGGAAGAAGAGGGUGCCUAUGAAUUGGACCGAGAGCGGAUGGGUAUGCAGCUUGGAGUUCAAAGGGGGUGAGUCUGUUGAGUAUAAGUUUUUGACUGUUAGGGCGGACAAGAGUGUGCUUUGGGAAGGUGGUGAUAACCGUGUCUUGAAACUUCCCAAAGGAGGAACUUUUGGGAUUGUUAGUCAUUGGAAUGCAACAGGGGAGGCUGUGGAUUUGCUGCCUUUGGAGAAAGAGGAGGAUGUGGGAAAUAAUGGGUCUACAAUUGUUGAUACUGUUAGUACUCCAGAGGUGGGGACUAGUCCUUUUGUUGGUCAGUGGAAGGGGAAUGCUACCUCAUUUAUGCGGUCGAAUGAGCAUGGAAACCGUGAAGCAGGAAGAAGAUGGGACACUUCAGGUCUUGAAGGUUUGGCUCUGAAGUUAGUUGAAGGUGAUCGAAAUGCAAGGAAUUGGUGGAGAAAGCUUGAAGUUGUACGCGAUCUACUUGCUGGAAGUUCACAAAGUGAGGACCGGUUGGAUGCUCUCAUAAAUUCUGCCAUUUAUUUGAAGUGGAUAAACACAGGCCAGAUUCCUUGCUUUGAAGGUGGAGGUCAUCAUCGACCAAACCGGCAUGCAGAGAUUUCCAGGGUUAUAUUUCGAGAACUGGAAAGAAUUUCCUGUAGGAAAGAUACUUCACCCCAGGAAGUACUGGUUGUCCGCAAAAUUCAUCCAUGUCUGCCAUCUUUCAAGGCAGAGUUUACUGCAUCUGUUCCCCUAACACGAAUAAGAGACAUUGCUCAUCGGAAUGAUAUCCCUCAUGACCUCAAGCAAGAAAUUAAGCAUACUAUACAAAACAAGCUUCACCGCAAUGCCGGCCCUGAAGAUCUAGUUGCUACAGAAGCAAUGCUUGCAAGAAUAACAAAGAACCCUGGAGAGUAUAAUGAAGCAUUUGUGGAGCAGUUCAAGAUAUUCCAUCAUGAACUCAAAGACUUCUUCAAUGCUGGAAGCCUCGCUGAACAACUUGAAUCCAUCAAAGACUCUAUCGAUGAUAAAGGCCAAUCAGCUCUUGCAUUGUUUUUGGAGUGCAAAAAGAGUUUGGAUACUUUAGAAGUAUCAAACAAAGGCUUGGGAAAGAAUGGCACGGAUCUGUUAUUCAAGACCAUGAAAUCUUUGAGUGACCUGAGAGAAAUAAUUGCCAAGGGUCUUGAAAGUGGCCUUAGAAAUGAUGCUCCUGAUACAGCAGUGGCUAUGCGUCAAAAGUGGCGUCUUUGCGAGAUUGGACUUGAGGACUAUUCAUUUAUUCUUUUAAGCAGAUUCCUUAAUGAGCUUGAUGCUUUGGGAGGGGCUCAUUGGCUGGCAGAAAAUGUGAAAUCAAAAGAUGUUAGCCCUUGGAGUGAUCCACUUGGUGCGCUUAUUGUCGGUAUUCAUCAGCUAAGGUUAUCUGGUUGGAAGCCUGAAGAAUGUGCUGCUAUUGAAAAUGAACUCCUUGCAUGGAAAGCAAGAGGUCUUUCUGAAAGGGAAGAUAUUAGGAAAAGCUUUGGAAUCCCUGAGAACAGUGUAAGGACAUAUGCUGAAGCUGAGAUUCGUGCUGGUGUAAUAUUCCAGGUUUCAAAACUCUGCACCCUUCUUUUAAAAGCUGUUAGAAAUAUCAUUGGUUCUCAAGGUUGGGAUGUUAUUGUGCCAGGAGCUGCUCUGGGGACAUUAGUUCAGGUUGAGAGGAUUGUCCCUGGGUCAAUACCAUCUACUGUGGAAGGACCAAUCGUUCUCAUGGUCAACAGAGCAGAUGGAGAUGAAGAGGUUACAGCUGCUGGGAGUAACAUUGUGGGAGUCAUACUUCUGCAAGAGCUUCCCCACUUAUCUCAUCUUGGUGUCAGAGCUCGACAAGAGAAGGUUGUGUUCGUGACAUGUGAAGAUGAUGACAAAGUUUCCGAUAUACAAAAACAUAAGGGAAAACAUGUUAGGUUAGAAGCAUCCCCUACAAGUGUUGAUAUAUAUCCUUCAUCAGAAAACACCAAUGGCAGUUUUGCAGUGAAAAAUCUUUCAGGUGAUGCUGCACCCAAGAUUGAAGCCCUUGGCACCCAUGAUCCUUCCCAGUCUCCUACUAAAGCCCCAUACUUCCAGAAGGGUGUUUCUGGUGGAAUUUUACUACUUGCUGAUGCAGAAGCAGAGACUUCAGGGGCAAAGGCUGCGGCUUGUGGUCGUUUAGCUUCUUUGGCAGCAGUAUCUGACAAAGUUUAUAGUGACCAAGGGGUACCAGCUUCAUUUAAUGUCCCUGUGGGGGCAGUGAUACCAUUUGGCUCUAUGGAAUUGGCAUUAGAGCAAAGCAAAUCCACCGAUUUAUUCUCGUCCUUUCUAGAUAAGAUAGAAACACUGAAGCCGGAAGGUGGGGAACUUGACCAACUUUGCAGUCAGCUCCAGGAACUGGUCUCUUCCCUACAGCCCCCGAAAGACAUCAUUAAUGGCAUUGGGAGAAUAUUUCCAGGCAAUGCACGCCUAAUUGUUCGUUCAAGUGCUAAUGUCGAGGACUUGGCUGGAAUGUCGGCAGCUGGAUUAUAUGACUCGAUACCCAAUGUUAGUGUUUCAAAUCCAACAGUUUUUGCAAAUGCUAUUAGCAGAGUGUGGGCUUCACUUUACACUCGGAGGGCAGUUUUGAGCCGUCGAUCUGCCGGUGUACCUCAGAAGGAAGCUACAAUGGCAAUUCUGGUGCAAGAAAUGCUUUCACCAGACUUAUCAUUUGUGCUUCAUACCGUCAGCCCAACAGACCAAGAUCAUAAUUCUGUUGAGGCUGAAAUUGCUUCUGGCCUCGGUGAAACUUUGGCUUCAGGCACUAGGGGCACACCUUGGCGUCUGUCAUCUGGGAAAUUUGAUGGGAAUGUGCGUACACUGGCAUUUGCGAAUUUCAGUGAGGAGCUACUUGGUACAGGCCCUGCUGAUGGGGAGGUUAUCCAUUUGACUGUAGACUACAGCAAGAAACCAUUAACUGUUGAUCCAAUUUUCCGUCAGCAGCUUGGUCAGCGCCUCAGUACAGUGGGAUUUUUCCUUGAGCAGAAGUUUGGCUGCCCUCAGGACAUAGAAGGAUGUGUUGUUGGCAAAGAUAUCUAUAUAGUCCAGACACGACCGCAGCCCCUAUAA